CGGCAAACAAGCGCAGUGCUCGUUUGUUAGUGCGAGCUGUUGUGACAGCUAUUAGAUCGCAAUGAUGGCGAAACUGGGGCGCAGUAGAAAAGGGGUACAUCAGCGAAAGUAGCGAUCAGAACCCGUGAGAACGCCGUGGCAGGAGCAUUUGCUACAUUUGGAUCCAAUGAUCUUCGCAGAGGUGAAAUGGGACUUUGUGCUGGUGUGUGAGAGCAAAUCUCUUGACAGCGAGGCUGAGGAGAAGAGGCGGCAGUACAUGUCUGAACUGGAACUGAAGCGCUUCAAGAUAAAGAAAUCUAAAGACGGGAAGAAGAAUUUUUAUGGGGUGCGGGCACCCCCUGACAUUUUCAGGAAGUACGUCAGGCUUCUUAAGAAUCCAGACCAAGGCAUCGGAAACCUGAGUGAAGAACAUGUUUCUGAAACAAGCAGGAUUCGCAUUGUCCAUUUUAUUCUGCAUAAAACCAGCCUCCGAUCAGGAGAGACCUUGGACGAUCUAAUAAAACUUGGAGUUUUUGAAACCGCUUUCCCCUUACACACUCUGCAUGAAACAACUGGUAAAAAUCUAAAAGAAAAGUGGGCAAGAUGGAGGGAUGUCAUCUACAAGCAGCCAGUGCCACAGAUCAGAGAGUAUUUUGGAGAGAAGGUGGCUCUAUAUUUUGCGUGGCUUGGGUGGUACACCCUUAUGCUGUGUCCUGCAGCUUUAGUUGGAAUAGUAGUCUUCUUUUAUGGGUUUGUGCAUUUCAGUUCCAGCAAAAUAAGCCAGGAGAUUUGCACAGCAAACACAACAGUGAUGUGUCCUCUCUGUGAUCAGAAGUGUCCAUAUUGGCCACUGUCCGACACGUGUACAUAUGCAAAGGUUACACAUUUAUUUGACAAUGAAGGCACCGUGUUCUUUGCUAUGUUUAUGGCAGUGUGGGCUACUAUAUUCUUGGAGCUGUGGAAGCGGCAGAGAGCAAGAGAUGCAUCAUGGUGGAACCUGUACAGCUGGGAUGAGGAUGAGGAGGAGUUGGCUUUGGAGCUGAUCAAUAAUCCAGAAUGCAACAUUCAGAAGCAUCAACAUUCCUAUCUGCGUUCUACCUUAGUUCUAUUGGGAGUGGCUGCUAUGAUCGCCAUACUGAUUGGCAUAGCACAAGCCCUAGUGGUAUACAGAGUUGUAGUGACCGUGUUCUUCAUGCGCUCAUCUUGGCAUUUACUAAGUGAACAUGCCAAUACUGCUGCCGUCAUGUCUGGAGCUGUACUUCACUACCUCACCAUUGUCAUCAUGACUAAGGUGAAUCGUGUCGUCUCCACCUAUUUAUGUAAUUUGGAGAAACCUCGGACUUUCACAGAGCGAGAAAACAGCUUCACAACUAAAGUGUUUACAUUUCAAUUUGUCACCCACUUCUCAUCCCUCUUCUAUGUGGCCUUCUUCCUAGGAAGGAUUAAUGGAUACCCCGGAAACUAUAUGCGCAUUGCUGGAGAGUGGCGGCUGGAAGAAUGUCAUCCAAGUGGGUGCAUCACCGACCUGUUUAUACAAAUGUGCAUCAUCAUGGUCCUGAAACAGACGCUCAGUAACUGCAUGGAAUUUCUGUCUCCAUUCCUUAAAUAUAAGUUUCGUAAACUGAAGGAUAAGAGGAGUAGAGUGCACAGCGAGCACGGGUCAGAGGACAUUACAACGGAGGCAUGGAGAGCCAACUACAGGCUUGGUGAAGUCCACAUCUUCAGUUUGUUUGAUGAGUUUCUAGAAAUGGUCAUCCAGUACAGCUUCACAACAAUUUUUGUGGCUGCCUUCCCUCUUGCCCCACUGCUUGCCUUUAUCAACAACAUGCUUGAAAUCCGUCUUGAUGCCAUCAAAAUGACUCGCUUACAGCGCCGCCUAGUGCCAAGAAAAGCAAAUGACAUAGGUAUCUGGUUGCAAGUUCUAGAAGCAGUCGGAGUUCUAGCAGUCAUCACUAAUGGUUUAGUCAUUUCAAUUACAUCUGACUUCAUCCCCAGGCUCAUAUACAAAUAUGCAUAUGGACCUUGUGCUCAGGGACAAGAAGACAUAGACUGUCUCACCGGAUACAUUAACCAGAGCCUAUCAAUAUUCCGUACACAGGACUUUGACAGCCGAACACAAGUAUCACUCACCCUGUUCCCAAACACCACAGAGUGCAGGUAUCGUGAUUACCGUAAUGCUGACUACUCUUUCUCUGUACAGUUCUGGCAUAUCUUUGCUGCUCGGCUUGCAUUUGUCAUUAUAUUUGAGCACGUGGCUGUAUGCAUAAAGUUUAUUGCAGCUUGGUUUGUACCAGACGUACCUCAGUCAGUAAAGAACAAUAACCUAGACAAGAAACUUUCAGAUCUUCGAGAUGAGCUUGGAGAGAUGCCAGAGGAGACUGAUGAGUUAUCCCAUGACAGCUCUCCCUACCCUUACAGAAACCUACUAGUGGAGCUCAGUAUGAUAGAGCGUUCAACAGAAGUUUAAUACCAAUGACAGUGCCUGGAUAAUGGAGAUCCCAAAUGACCAAGAGAUGUCGGAUGUGGUGCGAUUCAGAGGAAAAACCUAAUGUAUUCCUUUUACUUACCUG